AGCAAACACUUUUUUUUUUUUUGGUUCAUGGAUUCCAUCAUGGAGCCUAACAAAGCAGCCCAUGAUUUGGCGCAAGUCAGAAAGCUUAUCGAGGGAAUGAACGCCCUGGUCAACAGUAGCCAGUCUCACCUUCAACAACAGCAACAAAAAGCUGAACCGGCCGAGCCUAGCAUUCCCGUCACUACGGAAUCCUCGCCCCAGUCGACCAUGACCUCCAUGCCAGACACUUCUAACCCACUUUACAAUAUGUCGCAACUCACCACCCCUCUUAAUGCCAUCAUAGUCGAGGUUAACCACCUUGUAUUCAACCGCACUCUUUUUUUCUCACUAACACCUGAUGCUACCAUCGAGCCCUUGAUAACUUGGCUGCGACUUUCCUUUGACGACCCCAAUAUCUCAGGCAUGGUGUUGCAGUACAAAGGCCAAGAUUCUUUGUGGAAAUGCUUAUUAAAUCAGAAGAAGUAA